AUGAAAUCUUCUCUUCUUAUUCUUGCUCUCUUGAGUAUUGCCCUUGCCGAUAAGUGGGCUCUUUUCGUUUCUGGUAACAACGGUUACUACAACUACUGCAUUACCUCCACCAUUUGCAGAGGUUACACCAUCCUUCACGACGCUGGUGUUGCUGAGGAUCACAUGGUGUACCUGGGCUUCAAUGAUGUGUUUGACGACAAGAGGAAUCCUUUCGCUGGAAAGAUUUUCACUGAUCAGGAUCCCGAGGGACCUGGUAUUGAUUACGCUGCUGGUUGCCGCCCCCACAUUGAUUACCCCGAUAAGAUGGUGAGCGCUGAGCUGUUCAUGGCUACUCUGAGCGGAGACAAGGAGGAGGUUACGAAGCUGACCGGAGUUGAGAAUCCUAAGGUGAUUGAGUCUGGUCCCGAGGAUACCAUCUUCGUGUACUACAUGGAUCACGGUGCCAUUGGUUUCUGCGAGGUCGGAAAGUCGGAGCUGUAUGAGGACGUUCUGAUGAAGACCAUCGACAAGAUGUUCGAGAACCAUCAGUACAAGCAGCUGGUGUUCUACUUCGAGGCUUGCCACUCUGGUUCGAUGUUCCGCAAGCUGGAGAAGGGCAAGAACGUGUACGCCAUGACUGGUUCUGAUACCGAGCACUCUGCUUGGAUGAACAACUGCCCUCCCAACGAUGUUGUGAACGGAAAGCACAUGGGAACUUGCUUGGGAGCCUGGUUCGAUAACUUCUGGAUGCAGGAGGUCACUGACAACGGUGCUGAGCUGACCAACAACGAGAUGUUCAAGAUUGUCCACGAGAAGACUGCCGCCGAGACCGACCAGAACGUGUCUCAGUUCGGAGACAUCGACACCAUCGGAGAGACGCCCGUCAAGGAGUACAUUGGUGACUACGUCCCCAAGAAGAAGGUGGUCAUGGAGCCCAAGUCGAUGGUCAAGUACGAGGAUGUGCCCAAGCACCUUGCUAUGUGGAACGCCAUUCGUGCUGAGCCCAACACUCGCAGCGAUGCCAUGGCUGAGCUGGAGAACGUUGUGAGAACCGAGGCUCGCAAGGACAUCAUGGUGAUGCGCGCUGCUCGUGAGUACUUCAAGGACGACAAGCUCGCUGACGCUGCCACCAAGACCCGCCCUGCUUCCUACAGCCAGGAAUGCGUGAGAGACAUCACCACCUCCCUGAUGGCCGUGUGCGGUUACUCGCUGCCUCUGCGCGACACGCAUGUGACUGUGAUGGAGAACAUUUGCGCCAAGGGUUACGUCCAGCUGGACUACACCAACAUCUGCUAA